AUGGCUCGUGGAGCGAAGAGGAAUCAAUCCAGCGAUGGUGACGAGCAGGAGCUACCUCUCUGGGCUCUGAAAUUGAUGGAGAAAUACGACUCCUGUGCGGACAGACUGGAAAAAGCCCUUCUAACUUCAUUCGCUAAGAUCUUUGACAAGAUCGAGGAGAUCAGUUCACGCCAGGAGAAUAUUCUAGAGCGCCUUUCGGAGCUGGAAAACAGCGUUUUGAACCUCUCCAAAAAGGAUGUCAAUCAGAAUGCUCUGUACUCUACGAUUGUCAGGGUAAAAGCUGACGAAAAGAAAAUUGAUGAUAAGUUAAGAAGGAUAGCGUGGAUUGGUCUGAAUGAACAGAAGGACGAUGUUGCUACAAGAAGAUUUGACAAGGAGGCACUAAAGGAAGUGAUAGAGACGUCCGGUGAUAAAGAAUUGAUGGAUGAGUUCGAGAAAGGCAACAUCACGGCCCACCGUCAUCCGGCAGGGCAGCCGAGAGGAAUUAGCGGUCGAGGAAGAAUUAUAAAAAUCAACCUGCCCUCUCAGGAUCUGAAGGACAGACUUCUACGGCAUAUGCGGUCAGGGCGACAGAGCUUGACAAAGCAGUUUGUCCACUCUUACGCACGACGUGAUUACACUGCUGAAGAGCUGGAGCUAGAUCGCUCCCUGAGGAAACAAGCG